AUGUCUUCUACUUUACAGAGCCGUGACUGCCCCACCAACCCCGCUCCCGCUGCUGGCGGCCCUGGUGGCGAGUGCUACAAGUGCGGUGAGCACGGCCACAUCGCCCGUGCCUGCCCCACUGCUGGCGGUGCCACCCGUGGCGGCUUCAACGGUGCCCGCUCCGGCGGCCGCAGCUGCUACAACUGCGGUGGUGUCGGACACCUUUCCCGCGAGUGCACUUCCCCCGCCGGCGCCGGUGCCGGUGGCCAGCGAUGCUACAACUGCAACGAGUCUGGCCACAUCAGCCGCGAGUGCCCCAAGCCUCAGACCAAGAGCUGCUACCGAUGCGGUGAGGAGGGCCACAUCUCGGCUGCCUGCCCCCAGGUUGCUGCUUAA